UAUCUGGCAUCUCUGUUCAGCAGAAUUCAGCGGCUUUAGUAUUGUGGUUUCUCUGAGAAAAACUUGUGCUGACCUUCCAAUUAUUGAAUUAUUUUUGCAUAUCUCAUCAUAUUCAAUUAUGUCGAAGAUAACCAGAAGGGAUAUUUCUCCGUUGCUCCAGGAGCUUCGAAAUUUUUUAUUGGGUAGAAGACACACAAAUGCUUUACGGUUUGAGGACGGCAUUUCAGCUAGAACACAACCUUCACCAAAUCUUCCCGAAGGACCUCAUCAUAAGCUAGCGGCUAACUACUACGUUGUUCGCGAUGCUCGUCGUGAAGUAGCGCCACCAAUUAAUCUUACCUCACAGAAAUUACUUAGUGAGAAGAGUAUUAUACUCUAGAUACAGAAUUCAUCACCUUUUGCUAUAAGCUCAUUAUGGUUUCAAUACCAAUUGGCGAUUCUACGUUGAAACCGCUCGCAGAUAGCGCUGGAAGGAAAGUGUUGCUGAUUUUAUUCUGUUCUGUCAUAGUGCAUAUAUUUUAUGUAAACAUUGGAAAAAAAUGACUUUUAAACACCAAAUUACCGAUCAA